AUGCCAAGUUGCAGCGCGUUUACUUGCACUAACCGUAUGGGAUCAAAAAAGAGUGAAAGUACUUCAAAGAAUAUAACAUUUCACAAGUUUCCGAAAGAUCUACAAAGACGCCAGGAAUGGAUUCAAAAUCUUCGUAGAGAGAAUUAUAAUCCCUCAUGUCAUGUCACAGUAUGCUCGCAACAUUUUGAAGACUCGUGUUUUGACAAAACUGGGCAUACAAUUCGUUUGAAACAAGAUGCAGUACCAACCAUCUUUGCAUUUCCAUCACACCUGAUAAAGCUGACCGAUUCAAAACAUUCCCUUAAUGAGGUUGUGAUGUUCCCAGCCUCCGUGACGUCUUGA